ACCCACACCCACCCUUCUCUCUCUCUCUCUCUCUCUCCCAUGGCGGACUCCGAACACCUAAACCCUAAAAUCGACCCCGAAGACCAGCCCUCCUCCAAUCCCAACCACAAAGGCAUCCACGAACCCGACCCGGAGGACCUCAAUGACGACGAAUUCGAAGACGACGCCGACGCCGACUACGCCGAAGACGACGAGGACGAGCCGCCGCCAUCGGAGGAGGAGCGGGUACGUACGGCGAAGGCCAAGGUGGAGGGCCUGUGGCGGCGGAUGGAGAGGGAGCAGAUAGAGAUAAGAGUACACGAUGUAGUGAUAAAGGGGAACACGAAGACGAAGGAGUAUCUGAUCGAGGCCGAGCUGGAUGGGAUUAAGAAGGCCCGGACUGUUCAGGAGCUUGUACAGGCUUCGGCUAAGGCCAAUGCUAAGCUUAGAGCACUCGAAAUCUUCGAUGCGGUGAGGAUCACGAUCGAUGCCGGCCCGCCGGAGCUGCCGGGAACCUCCAACGUCAUCGUCCACGUCGACGAGGCUGCGGAUGUGGUUACUGGUACACUCGGAUGUUAUACUAAGCCCGCGGCUAGAUCUUGGACAACUGAAGGUUCGCUCAAGUUUAAAAACUUGUUUGGAUAUGGGGACUUGUGGGAUGCUUCUUUGGCAUAUGGUCACGGUCAUGCAUCAGAAGUAAGUGCUGGUGUGCUUUUACCCCGAUUCAAAGGUUUUGAAACUCCUCUGAAAGCGCGUGCAUACUUGCUCUCCCAAGAUUGGCUGGAGUUAUGCUCUUAUAAAGAGCGAAUGACCGGGCUGUCUCUUAGCUUAUUUUCAACCAGGCAUCAUGAUAUUGUGUAUAACCUUGGAUGGCGUACACUUACAGAUCCGUCACAAAUGGCCUCCAGGUCAAUUAGAAGGCAGCUUGGUCAUGGCUUACUUUCGUCCCUAAAGUACACAUAUACCCUUGAUAGGAGAAAUUCAUUUGUGAGGCCAACUCGAGGCUAUGCUUUUGUUUCUUCUAGUCACAUUGGUGGCCUGGCCCCUGAUAGUCGGUGUGUCCGUUUUUUGCGCCAGGAACUUGAAUUUCGCUUUGCGCUACCACUUGGAUUUUAUCAUGCUGCGCUCAACUUUGGGGUCUCUGGAGGUGUGAUCUUACCUUGGGGGAAUGGAUUUCUGAAAAAACCCUCAUCUCUUCCGGAUCGGUUUUUCUUAGGCGGUGAUUCCUCUCCUCUCUGCACUCCUGGGGGCCUUUCAACAGUGUGGGGAUUUAGAGCAAGAGGUUUAGGCCCUACUGAACCAAGAAGACGUGUCAAAGAUAAUUCUAAUGAUGAGAAUUCAGAUUCCUCUGGAACAGAUUUUGUUGGAGGAGAUCUUGCUGUUUCUGCAUUUGCAGACAUUUCAUUUAACCUUCCAUUGCGCUGGUUAAGAGAACAUGGAGUUCAUGGACAUGUUUUUGCGGGUGCUGGGAAUGUAGCAAAACUGUCGGAGAAUGAAUUCCAAAACUUUUCCUUUCAGAGGUUUGUUGAGUCGUUUCGAAGUUCAGUUGGAGCUGGGAUUGUCAUACCCACAAAACUUUUUCGGCUCGAGUGCAACUACUACUAUAUCCUGAAGAAAUUCGAUCAUGACAGAGGAAAGACUGGAUUUCGGUUUAGCCUCUCAGCUCCAUCUUUCUAGGAAUUGUUUCCUCAGGAUGUUUGAUGGUUGGUGAAUUUGAGUUGACCUGGAUAGCAUGCAGCAAUGCCAUUUCAAGUUUCUGGUGCUUGAAUUUUUUCCUUACGGGAUGGACAACUCCACUCUGUUGGUUAUAAUCUUAGCUUAGGAUGCUUUGUGAUGCACAUAUAGAGGAAAACAACAUGAGAUUUUAUGUGCCGGAAUACAUAUGGCUACUUUUGUUUAAAUCUGUCAAAAGGUUCUGGAAGACCAACUUGCAGCUUUAUGCUAAUCGCUAUCUUUACCUUCAAAGUC